UUGCCAAGAAAAUCCCGAAUGGGGUCACAAAGAGUCAGACACAACUGAAACGAUUCAACAACUUCAAGGGAAUGGUUGGAAGAACUGGGGAAUCUUUACUCUGAAGAAGGCUUGGUGGGUGAAAGAUGGGUGGUAUGAUUUUUUAAAAAAUCAUUUAUAUUGUAAAAGUUUACUAGAAAAAUGUGACAAUGGUGAUCUUUCCCGUUUUCCCCAGACAAGCUCCACCUGCCCCUUUCUUCCCUGUUCAUUGGCUUCCUCUCCCUCCAGAAAGCUAUAGCCCAGAAACACCAGGUUGGGGUGUAUUGUUUGUCAACAUAAAUUGCAUUUUCUGUAGUCCUCUUUCUCUUUGUUGGGUGGAAAGUCCCAACGGGCCUGAGAAACAGCAGGAGAGGACUUGGGCUGGCAAACACCGGGUGUCUGACAUCCGUAAAGCCUGAAGUGCCCAAGCAUUUGAAGUCCCCACUUCGGGAGAAAAAUUCUCAGCAGCCACCCAUGCAUUACGGGGUGGGUGGGAAGGAGGUGAGGCCAAACGUUGGGAUCCCAGGGGUGUCUAGGGGCCUGGCAGCUGGGCAAGCAAUCAGGAAGGCUGGCAGGAAGGCACGGGCAGACGCGCGGCGGCUGGAGCUGGAGCUCGGGAGAGAAGCGCGCGGCGGCAGCAGCAGCGGGGACAGCUCCGACCCCAGGAUGAGCGGGCUGCACAUUGACCGGGCCCGGCUGCCCGGGGUGCAGGAAGUUCGUCAAGAUUUUGCUAUCCUUGAAGAUGGAGCCCUGGCCCAUUGUUUGCAGAAACAAGAAAUCGAACAACAUUAUGCCUCCAAUGUGCAGAAAAGUCAACUUGUUCAAAUGGACAUUCGGAUAGCCCGGAAACUACAAGAUGUGGAAAACCAGGGAAGCGAACUGGGAAAAUCUCACCAACAGAAAAAAAUGGAGGAGAGUGACUCAGAGCUGGCUCGAUCAAUCCAGGAAGAAAUUCACCGGAAAGCAGAGGAGCGGCGGCAGAGAGAAGAAGAUGACCAGGAAAUAGCCAAGAAAUUGCAAGAGUUAGAAGAGGCGUCUUCCCUUCCAAGCUCCCACAGCAUGAGAGAUGUCAGUCACCCCCAACAUGACGGCACAGACUCCAUCAACUGGCGGAUGGCUGAGUUGGAGCUCCAGAGUCAGGAGCAGCUCCAACAAGAUGAAGAAUUGGCCUGGAGAUUGCAGGAAGAGGAGGAAACUCACAUAAGAACAAGAAGGAAUCGGGAGCGCAAUGAUGACUAUCGGACCGCACAAGUGGCCCAGGAUGAGGAGAUUGCCAGGUACAUGCAAGAUGAAGAGCUGAAGUGUCAUCAGAGAGAGGUGCGGGAAUGGGAACUAAGAAGGGAAAGCAGAAACAGAAGCGCCAGCUUCUCCGAACAAAGGCAGAACAGGAGCAAGCAGACUCAAGUACCACCGGACUCCGAAGUUGUGCCCCUUACUAGAGAUCCAGCUCUGGACUGCUCCGACCUCCCAGCCCAAGGAUCCGAGGGACGCGGUGCAAAGCAGCUGUUUUCUCGGAACGUCGCUGAAGAGCUGGACCCAACAUUUAAGUCCAGUGGGACAGAUCCACCCGUAAAUGCGUCUACCGUCAGUUCUCAAGCUCUUGCCCAUACAGUUCCAGUGGAGGGACUCUUUGAGUACAGCGAGGAAAGCCCCGAAGCAGCCUUUAUUUCACCCACCAAGCGUCCAUCAGGACGUCAGAAAGCCAAAGACAAGAAAGAAGCCUGCAAGCAACAGUGAGACAAAGCUUCUCCCUCCCCCCGCUCCAUCCCCUCCCCCUACUCCUCCCCUGUCACUUUUUCAACCCCCCCCAAGGGAAACUUAGUUAGACUUGGUGUCGAAUCAAACCUUGGACCACAAAAACUACUUUGCCAUGUCCUUCAAUGACUUCAUGCCUCAUGGCCAUAUUGGGACACCUUGAUUCCUAAGUUAUUGUUUGUUUGUGUGUGUGUGUGUGUGUGUGUGUGUGUGUGUGUGUGUGUUUGGAAAAUGUUUUUGAUGAAUAAAGAGGCAGCUAAUGGCUCAGUGGAUAGAGCACUGGACCUGGAAUCAGGAAGACCUGAGUUCAAAUCCAGCCUCAGACACUUACUAGCUGUGUGGCCCUGGGCAAGUUACUUAACCUCUACCUGCCUCAGUUUCCUCUUCUGUUAAACGGGGAUUGUUACAGCACUUACCUUUCGGGAUUGUUGUGAGAUGUGUUAUUAUUAUUAUUCUUGAAGAUGUCCUCUCUCUCUCUUUUUUUUAUCACCUGUGACAUAUUUGCUUUAAAAACGUCACAGAUCAAGCAGUUCUUGAUCUUGGAUUUAUGAGACUAGGGGUGGCAGAGGGAGGAUUUCAUAAAUUAGAUGGGAUUGAAAUCAUCCUGGUGCCAUGCAGAAGACUUAACUGAAAGAACAUGGUGCGUCUUUCAGUAAACCAUCCUCUUGCUGGUUUCUUCCACUGAAAUACUGCAUAAAACAUGGCACCUUUCUCUCUCUCUUCGAGCACUGAACUCCAAAGUCAUUGGGAGGCUCUGGGUGCCAUAUGUCUAUUUCAGAGCAUAUUAGUCUAGUCUAAAGGAAGAAGUCAGUGAAAAUACGGGGACUCACUAAGGAAGUCCCAAGAGGGGUGGGUAGUCUUGUACUCUGCCCGAUAGACUUUUCUAUCUAACAUCCUUCAAACCAAUAAGCAUUUAUUAGUUACCGACUAUGUGAAAGGAGUACAAAGGUUUAAAUAAUAAAUGGGCUCUACCCUUGGAAAAAAAUAUGGGUACUAGCCGUUACACAUUAGGCCACCCAUUGACGCCCAUUAUUCUACGCCGUGUUGUUCUCCCAAUAAACAAUAUGUGUAGUUAUCUUCGUGACUGGGUGAGACCAAUGUAUUUCCUAGAAAGACAAAUCUAUUUGAAAUUAGUUUUUACGCCAUUUACAAAAUUAAAUCCCUUGUGCUUCAUGCAGAUAUUUCCUCAGUGUAUUUUAAGGGAGCUCAGAGCUGGUUUCCCUUCACUUUGGUCAAACCUGUGCUAGUUACAUUUUUUUGGAAAAUGUGUUUCUAGGAAAUGAAAAUGAAAUUGAGUGCAGGGAGGAAGCAAGAAACACAUUACCCAAGAGCAGGAAUUGGAAACUGUACACACUUCAAUAAAUCCGUUUCCUGGAUACUCUGGGUUCCAGAUUUCCUAUUACCAGAAAGUAGCAUCAAUGACAAUUCAGUUGAAGAAAUUCCAUCUACAAAUAGAAAUAGGAAGUUGAGUGCCCAUACCUGUACAUGGAACAAUAAUUUUAAGAUAGGUUUGUAUUUUGAACAAAGUAUAAACUAACCUAGGAUGGAACUAGCCAGUUCAAUCCAACAAGUAUUUAUUAAGAGGAUACUACAUGCAAAGGCAUUAUACCAGGCAGAGGGGAUACAAAGGCAAAAUAACAACAAAAAAUACAAUCCCUGACCUUAAAAAGUUUACUUUCUGUGGAAGGAAUACAGUUGUCCCUUCCACAUGGGAAUGGGGGUGGGGGUAGAGGUUAGGGGCAUAAUGCCCCCAUAAUCUGGAAAAUCCACAUAAAACUUUUUGGCCCUCCCUUUGUACCAGAGAAGAAGUCUGAAUUUUUUUUUCUUUUUC